UGCUGACGAGGCGUAAGGGACUACCUUUUCAAGCAAACGGAGCUGAUACGUGUCAGUCCUUUUACUCGUUGGAAGCGGAGGAGAGUAGGCAGUUACGUGGACGAGUUCUAAUCAUGGCACCAAAAAGCACCAGCAAACAGCAGUCUGAAGAGGACCUUUUACUCCAAGAUUUCAGUCGAAAUCUUUCUGCCAAAUCCUCGGCACUGUUCUACGGAAAUGCGCUUAUUGUGUCUGCAAUUCCCAUCUGGCUGUUCUGGAGGAUCUGGCACAUGGAUCUGGUGCAGUCAGCUGUCCUCUAUGGCGUCAUGACCCUUGUCAGCACGUAUUUGGUUGCAUUCGCCUACAAAAAUGUCAAAUUCGUCCUAAAACACAAAGUUGCUCAGAAACGUGAGGAUGCAGUCUCCAAGGAGGUGACCCGGAAGCUGUCCGAGGCUGACAACAGGAAGAUGUCUCGCAAAGAGAAGGAUGAAAGGAUCCUGUGGAAGAAAAACGAGGUUGCUGAUUAUGAAGCAACAACCUUCUCCAUUUUCUACAACAACACCCUCUUCCUGGUUCUUGUCAUCAUUGCCUCCUUCUUCCUGCUCAAGAACUUCAACCCUACAGUGAACUACAUCCUGUCAAUCAGUGCGUCCUCUGGCCUCAUCGCCUUGCUGUCGACUGGAUCCAAGUGAGCGCCCGGAGAAGUGUGGGAGAGAGGGGUGGGCCAUUAAACUAUGUACAAAUAAGGAUCAUGAACAAAGGAGUAAAUUUGGACAACAAUCACAGACCUUGUGGCCAUUUCAAGAAAUUCUCUACUUUUUUUUUUUCAAUAAAAUGAUAAACUCCA